UAGAGGGCAGCGUGAAGAUUUCUCUUCCCUUUCCAUCAGCCAAUGUCGCCAGCAAGAACACCACCACCACACAGGUAAUAUAAUCUUCAUCUUCUCCGUCAAUUUCUCAUUUUCUUCUCCUAUUAUUCAAUCAUAUGUCCGGGUUUUUGCUUGAAUACCCUAAAUUGGAUUUUUUUUCUCACAAUGAGGAGUCUUCUGAUUCAAUUUUUUUUCUUUAAUUUUAUUUAGGGCUCUUUGUUGUUGGGAAUGAAAUUAGGUUUUCUAUGAGUAAUUAAGUGCCCGACUGUUGUUUUGAAAUUAUAUUUCUAUAAUAGACUAUAAUUUAUUGAAUUUUUAAAUUAUAUGUUUGUUGAUUUUGUUUCAUUGAAGAGCCGCAUAUUCUUGUGGUGUCAUCAUUGAAGAGAGACAUUCUCUCUCCCUAAACCAUGAGCAAGGCAAGGCCAAGGAUUCUGGAGUAUUGGGCUUUUGAGAUUCUUGUUUUAUUAGAGGGAUUGACGCCGAACUCGAAAAUUACUACUUCAGUUAUAGCAAUGUGGGUGAAUACAGAAACCGUACACGAUUGCAUAUGGUCUAAGUUCAGCAGCUUGGUGACGACACAAGAUAAGAACAUUCUCUCUCUCCCCCUUUAUUUGUUUGUUAAUUCCUCUUAUUAUUAUUUUUCAUUUUCUCUUGUAGUACAAGGUUGUUGAAGGAGUUAGGAAAAUAUCCUAAGCUUUUUAUUCAGGAAAUAGAGGUUGGCAUCAAUCUCCUGCACAAGAGCUCUGUUUUAUUUAGCUUCAUCAUACAAAUUAUGUACAUUGAUUUACUUGUUUUUUGAUCUUAUUUUUCGGUUGUGGAAGGUUGACCGUAGUGUAGAUGAGUUUAUUACUCUUGAGAAUGAUGGAAAAUUUAUUGUAAUGGAUAAUAAUUAUUUUAAUGAAAUUAUAUUUUUUCUAUUUUUAUGGAUGAUUAUUAUUGAAUAAUUGUAUUUCCAACAAAUUAGGCGAAAUCGGAAAAUAUUGAUUUUUUUUUUUUGUGUGAAAGUAUAAACUACAACAUGCAUAUAAAUGAUGUUAAAACUCUAUUGCAAGACGCGCUGGUGUACGGUCGUAAAAGCGGCCACAACAUGCAUAUUAAUGUUGUGAAUGCUAUAGCGCAACAUACGAUGCAUAUUGUUGUAAUAUAAAGGACAACGCUUCGUACAACGUACGUUGCCCGUUGUUAUUACGCAGUCACUUUUAACAAC